GGGGGUGUCGUGGGCGGGGCUCCCCCAGCUUCGGGGCUGAUUGGACCCGACCGUCGGCGGGAAACUUGGGGGACCCGGGGCGGCGGGGCCGGACUCCUGGGACUGCAGGGAGCUGGGGGCGCCAGCAGAUGCUGCAGGGGCCAUGAGCUCCCCAGAUGGGCCGAGCUUCCCUUCAGGACUGCUGUCGGGGGGCGCCUCCCCCAGUGGGGAUGAGGGCUUCUUCCCCUUUGUGCUGGAGCGGAGGGACUCGUUCCUGGGAGGUGGCCCAGUGACCCAGGAGCCAGGGGACCUGGCCCUGCAGCUGCAGCAGAAGGAGAAGGACUUGCUGCUGGCCGCCGAGCUGGGCAAGAUGCUCCUGGAGCGCAAUGAGGAGCUGCGGCGGCAGCUGGAGACGCUGAGCACACAGCACGCUGAGCGGGAGGAACGGCUCCAGCAGGAGAAUCAUGAGCUCCGCCGGGGUCUGGCCGCCCGGGGAGCCGAAUGGGAGGCCAGAGCCAUGGAGCUGGAGGGGGACGUGGAGGCCUUACGGGCCCAGCUGGGAGAGCAGCGCUCAGAGCAGCAGGACAGCGGGCGUGAGCGGGCACGCGCUCUGAGUGAACUCAGUGAACAGAACCUCCGGCUCAGCCAGCAGCUGGCCCAGGCCUCCCGGACGGAGCAGGAGCUGCAGAGAGAACUGGACAGCCUUCGAGGGCAGUGCCAGUCACAGGCACUGUCCGGGGCAGAGCUGAGGACUCAGCUCGAGAGCCUGCAGGGAGAGAACCAGAUGCUGCAGAGCCGCAGGCAGGACCUUGAGGCCCAGAUCCGAGGCCUGCGGGAGGAGGUGGAAAAAGGCCAGGGCCGGCUGCAGACCACCCACGAGGAGCUGCUACUUCUGCGCAGAGAGAGGCAGGAGCACAGCCUGGAGCUGGAGCGUGCGCGCUCUGAGGCCAGCGAGGCGCUGAGCGCACUGCGCAGGCUGCAGCGGCAGGUCUCCCAGCUGGAGGAAGAAUCGCGCCUGCAGGACGCCAACGUGUCGGGCGCCUCGCUGCAGUUGGAACUGGCCCAUAGCCUCGAGGGCGACCAGGCCCAGGCCCCGCACGCCAAGGAGAACAGAGACCCCCGGACCAAGGAGUGCCAGGAGACCCCAGAGGCAUCCAGCCCACAGCCCCCAACCCAGGAGGAGAGCCUGGAGCCUCCCGAGAAGCGAGCAGCCUGCAGCCCAGCCGAGAUACUGGAGGAGAAAGAGGCGGAGGUGGCCCGGCUGCAGGAUGAGCUCACCCUGCAGCACGGAGAGCUGCGGUCCCUGCGAGAGGAGCUGCAGCGGCAGAAGGAGUUGCGGGCACAGGACGACCCCGGUGAGGCCCUGCGCAGCGCCCUCUCGGAUCGCGAUGAGGCCGUGAACAAGACCCUGGAGCUGUCCCUGGAGCUGAGCCGCGUCUCGCUCGAGCGGGACUCCCUGUCCCGGGAGUUGCUGCGCACCAUCCGCCAGAAGGUGGCGCUCACGCAGGAGCUGGAGGCCUGGCAGGACGACAUGCAGGUAGUGAUUGGACAGCAGCUGCGCUCGCAGCGCCAGAAGGAGCUGAGUGCAUCCACGCAGGCGCAGUCUCCGCGCCGGGCCGCACCGCGCUUCUCGCUGCGAGACGGCUUCCUGGGCAACCUCUUCCGAAGGACUUGACGGCCAGGGCUCAGCUUCGUCCAGC